UAAAACGACACCAAAAGGAAGCUUCUAGUUACAUUCUGCAGAUAAAAAAACACCAACAAAGUUGUUCUGUCCCGCAUUCACACUAACCUAGCCCACCGUGCAGCUGCGAGACGAAAUGCCACAGCACGAGCGCAGCCGGCAGCGCUCAUCAGACGCGACCCUUCACGCACUGCCCUCAGUACGAAAGCAGGCUUGCGACCGACCGGGUGCGCAUACGUGUAGAUACGACGCUUCCCUCGACCGAAUUUCCGUACCGUUGCUCGCCCUCGCUAGGAAGAGAAAACGAACGUACGAAAAAAAAAGCAAAACGAUCGAAAAUUGCCGUACGAUUUUAAACGUGAAACAAAUUAAAAAAACGAAAUAACUGUGAAUAAAUCAAAUCAACAAAGCGAAAAGUAAGUGUCACAUUUAAAACCAACAGCCACAGACGCAGAAAGCAGUAGUGCAGUGAAAAGGAGUCAUUUCGCUAGAUGAAAUCCUUUGCAAACGUGUGAAAUUCGAUAACACUCACUUUACAUACCCACACGCACACGCAUUUGGUUUGUUUUUUACUCUUCUUCUUGUGGCGGAUUCGGUUUAAGUUGCCCUUUACGCCAUUUAAACGCAAAUCGGUUUUGUGUGUUGGAGCUGAAAUAAUCUCUUGCACAGAGUGUGUGUGUACUUCCCGGCUUAUCCCCUGUGAAACCGAGCCUAACAACAAACCGGUGUGCCAGUUGGUUGUGUUAUCAAAGCUGAGCAAGUUGAUCUGUGCCCCGCGCCUUUCUGUUGUCGAGAACGAAUAUUCGAAUCCGAAGUUCGCACAGCAGAGAUUAAGCGAUUUUUGGAGUGAAACAAUUGUGGAUCUGUGUUCUGAAUCUGCUCAAACGAAAAUAAAAUAAAAAGGAGCAAAUUGCUGCGUGCAAUCAACCUCAUCCAAGUAGUCGACGACAAAGUGUGCCCGUGAGUACAUGUGGUGUCUGGCUCUGUCAAUGUGUUGUUGUUGUUGACACACGGCGUGUGUUUUUUUUUUGCGAAUAAAGUUGUGCGCGGUCCUUAUUGAGUGCGGAUCGAAAAUGAUUGAAAACUUCGAGUCCAAGAUUACCUUCGAAAUACCGACCAAUCUCGACUUUGACAAGCUGAUCCGGGGCAACAACUACACGCUGUUCUGGCAGAACUUGCACCAGCAGCAGCAGCAGCAGCAGCAGCACCACUACCAGGGCACCGUCGCCAGCGGUGCGGCAGCCCGGCUGGCCGCCGUCGGUACGGCCGGUGCGUCGGCCGCCACCGCAGCCGCAGCGGCCACGUUCGGCGGCAUGGGCUCGGACGGCGGCAGCCCGUUCGGCGGUGGGUUCGGAUCGUCCGGCUCGAGCCUGUUCGGGGGCAUCGACUACAGCAACGGCAGCAGCGACUACGGCCUGCUGAACAGCCUGCAAACGUUCGCGAACCGGGGCCGGGAUGGGCUCGGGGUGGGCCCCGGCACCGAGCAGAUGCUCGACCCGACGUACGAGCGAUUCAUCGGUGACGUCUGGGUCGGCAUCGUGCUCACGCUCAUGAUCCUGUCGUCGAUCUUCUGCAUGUGCUCCUGCUUCCUGUAUCACAAAUUUCGCCAGUGGCAACGAAACGUACUGACGGCACGCUCGCAAACACUUUCCUCGAUGGACAUCGAAACGCCGCCCCCGUACGAUGCGGAAUCCCUGCCGAGCUACACGAUCGUGUCCGGGCUGCCCAGCUACCAGGACGCGAUCGAGCAGCUGAAGCAGAAGCAGAUGAAGUACUACGAACCGGUCAAGGUGCAUCGGCCCUCCGUCAUGAAGCUGUUCGAGUCGCAGGAUCUCCUCAGCCAGUCAGCAGCUCCACCGGCAACGUCAGCCGCCCAGCCGACCACCGCCAAGCUGGAGGAGAUCCGGUACAACUUCGUGCGCCCGCUCUCGGUACAGGACGGCGUGGGUCCACUGCCCGAAGCAACCACUAGCAGCAGCAUCAUCACCACUACGGGCCCAACCGUUCUUCCCGCCGGUUCAUCGCAGCAUCCAGCAGCGUCGCAGCCACUGCCACCGCCACCACCGUACAAGAGUCAAAUCUCCACCAUCUCGACCGCCUCGUCUACAGGCGCGGCCGGCGUCGGUGGAGUGGUCGUUGGCAGUAUGGUGGUAGAGCUGCCGGCCCAACACGCUCCGGUGGUCCCGAUGGUCACCACCACGGUCCGGUUGCCGCAGAAGAAGCCGGCUAGUGCGAGCAUUUGCCAGUACACGAUCGAGCACGAGCGACCGGCGGCCGGGGGGGCUCGCAGUUGAAGAACCGAACGGCUGCGGCUAGCCACCAUGCGGUACACUGCGCGAGUGGACUAGGAUACUAAAGGGAUAGAUACAAAACGGUGCAGCAAAACGCAAACGCUCGAGAUGAUUACAAAUCACUGACUGUGUUAUUAACGAUUAAUUUAUAUAGAUAGUAAACGUAAACUUUGGUGGGUGCUCCAUCGGAUGUUGAGCGGAGAGAGAUGUAGGCAGAGUUGAUGCGCAACGGGAGAGCUGUGAGCAAUGAGUUCGGCUUAGUCUUUCCAGAAGAGUGUACUCCUGUUUUCAGAGUCUUACAGUAUCGUGUUCAUGCGGCUUAAAAAAGGCCUUUGACAGAUGAGGUUAGUGACAGCGAAACGACUCUUCUGCUCGAUCGUGGAGAAGAAGUUCCCCAACAAUCGCAUCCAAUUCUCCAAUGCCAUCAAUCUAAGUUUGCAUCUUUUCCCUUAGCACGUAGGAGACCAAUUAGAUGUAGUUAAAACGAUGUUGAAGUUGAUAGUCAGUGUCCCGGUAGGUCCUGUCAGUAGUCAGGUACCACACGUGAAGUAGGAGCACCGUACCAACCGUACACACACACGCACACUCUGAAGGCUCCUUUUUCAUUGCACGAAAUUGACUUCCAGUCAGUUCCCGCAUGUACACGGUACUAUUAGUAUCGAUAUCGCAUUUAGCAAAAGGACCCAACACGAGUCAGACGAUUGAGAAUGGUUUAAGAAACGGACGCGAGGUCUUGACAAGAGAGAGACCCAGACUUCUUACACUUGUACACAUUUCCAUUCGGAUCAGCGUGUAGGUGUGUGUGUGUGUAAUUCCCAGUGCGAUAGGGAUGUAUAUCAAUAUAGUAUAGAGAUUGUAGCAAGGUUAUAACAGUCACCGCCAGAUUAGAUGCAUAGAUAUACAUAUAUUUACAAAAACAAAAAUUAAAAUCAAAGAAGAUUGUGUUGCAGUUUUUUUUGUGUAGAACAUUUCGAACAAUUCCCACACAACCACACACACACACGCAUUCUGUUUUUAAAUAUAUUAUUGCAAGAUAAAAGACCCUAUGCUGCGGAACAGACUGCACGUUCUAGGAGGAGAUGUACCAGAAACUCGAAGACUCGUUCCCCCGGGCAGAUACAUUUUUAUUAGACUGUGUAGAACGAUGUGUUAGUAAUUGGUAACGAUAGUUCGGGGGGGAAGGACGUAAACGGGUUUUCAAUUUAUUAGACCAUUACUGGAGAAAUAAUUGUAACAAAAAAGGAAAAAAGGAACACCCCAAAUUGGACAACUUUUUUGUACGUGUUACCUUCUUGAGGGGGAACAAAAAACCUCCCCACCCUGUUUCGGAAGCGUGUAAAAUGGAAAGUGGAAGCUCAAUAUAAUAAAUUGUGUUUUGCGCGAGUGAAAAUUGGAUGCAAAUUUUAUGUAAAAUGUGUGAGUGUAUGUUGUUGUUUGUGGCUUCCUCUUCGGUAUGCUGAUGUGUUUCUAUCGUGGAAAGAAAUUAGCUCGUUACUCUAGUUUUUGGUGCUAGGUUUAGUUUUCCUCCCUCCGAAGUGGCCGGAGUGUAAAAGGGGGGUUUCUACGGAGUUCGGCUCUAUUCGGCGAUCGUGUGUAAAUGAGGUGUGGGGUGUUAAGAGCGUGUACACAACGUUUGCUUUAUUAUUAUCAUGCAAUAACCGUAGCCCAUUAAAACCCCUGGACCUGGCAAGGCAUAUGGGGGAGGGGGGAGCGGCAAUGUGGAAAAUUGAGGUAACUUUUAAGCAAAUAGGUUGCGGUGGUGCAACAAAUCUCCGCCCCUUGCUGUGGGGCACGUCGGCAGAUUCGUUUUACAGUCGGCUGUGAAAACCAAAAAAACACGGCAGCAACUUCCUUGGAUAGAGGGCAACAAAAAGCUGUAAGCUUUUAAGAGCUUUCCACUUUUCACUCCCCGCCCGCCGUCCCCUGGUGGAAAACGCUAACACCACCGUUAGUGUCUCUCGCUUUGGUUGCCGAGCGUGGUUUUUAUCGUACCCGUUUUAUCGGAGAGCGGUGAUGGUAAUAAAUUUUAUGAGCAAUGAUUGUGUGUGUGUGUGUACAUGGCUGUACUAAAACCAACCUAAGCUUAUACAGACACACACACACACAUUGUUCUAAUCCUUGCCCGACCUGUCUGUGUCUGGCUGCAUCGCCGUCUCCCAAGCGACUGUGCUGAAGUAGGAUGUUGUAUCCAUUUCAAAGGCAGCAUUUAGCGGGUUGUUGAAAAUGAAAAACUGUUCUCACUGUUGACCACACAGGACCACACCAUUACCUCUCUCUUUCUUUCUCUCAUUCAGCCACGGGUUCAGCCAUUGCCCAGCCAGGACCUAGGAUACGGUUGAAUAGGAAAAAUCAACGGUACGGGUCGCUCUUUUUUACAGCCGAGCGUUUCGUCCAAGCAACCCAUUUCGUACUGUGUUUUUUCGUUUUUUU